AUGGAAGAUCAUCGCUAUUAUGCAUCUCCUUUUCAAGAUGAUACUGAAAACAUUUUUCAAGAAGAAGUCCUAGAUAAUUCAGAGAAUAGAAAUUUUGAUGAACUUCUAAUUGAUAUGGUCAAAGGUUAUCCUCAUUUAUAUAAUAAAGCUGAUACCAAUUUUAAAGAUGCCCUAAUGAAGGAAAAUUCUUGGCAGGAAAUUGCCAAUGUUUCAAAUGCUUCUGUGCUUGAUUGUAAGAAUCGGUGGACUCGACUCAGAGAGAGGUUCUCACGAGAAAAAAAGAACAUAGAGGAUGAAUUCCGAAGUGGCAGUGGUGCUUCACAAAGACAAAAAUGGCUGUUGUAUACCAAUAUGGAGUUUUUAAAACCUUUUGUGGCUGGUAGAAAGACAGUUACAAAUAUUGUCAGAACUGAUGUCUCAAAUCAAUUGAAGAUUGACAAUGUCUACACUCAAAAUAGUGAAAAUAAGAAAGUACAUGUUUCUCUUGAUAAUUCUACCAUUGAGGAGCAACCAAAAAUAGUCCCUUCAACUUGCAUUAACAAAGAAAAAGCAUCAGAAAAAGCCAUACGACCAUGCUUCAAGAGACAGAGGGUACAAGAUAAUGUGGAUUUAUCAAUAAUGAAUUUAUCUGCGGCAGUGACUUCACAUAUUAGUUCACAAAAAUCACAACCAUCAUCAUCACAAAGAUCGGAUGAUUUGUUUGGCAAUUUAAUUGUAGAAGAGCUUGCCAAAUUGGAUGAACCACAGAAGUCUCAGAAAAAACGUGAAAUACUAAAGGUACUAUAUAAUUAUUGAUUAUUCUCAAUUAUGUAUUUAAUUUGUUCUAUAGAAUAGAAACAAAAAUUACUUUUGAUAUUUUUUUUUAUGUUUGAAACUAG